AAAGGAUAAGUUCCUUCAAAUCUGAGCCUGUCGCUCUCGCAUUCACAACUGGAAACAUACCUGAAAACCAAAGAGCCCUUGCAAAAGGACAAUCCCAAAACACAUGCUUUAGGGACUCUUUGCCUUCUUCACAUAGAACACAGCCCUUAUCCUUCAUGAAUGCAAGGUUCUCCUUUACUGGAAUACAUCCCGCUAAUACUCUCCAGAGCAUAACAGCGACUCUAGGGUGGAUUUUCGAGUUCCAAAUCACUUUCCACACAUCUUGGUCUCUGCAAUCUUGAAAUUGGCAACAUUCCUGGCUUGCUCAAGUAAGUGAGGAUCCCACUCAUUGCGACUCCUUGAUAGAUCGGCCACCGAUUCCAAAUUCGGCAAUCUGAUUCUGACCUCCUCCAUCAGCAUUCUGAACUCAGGAAAGCUGAGCCAGGGAAUCCAGGGUUGCAUCCAGAUGUCUAUACCAUCCCCCUUACCUGGAAUGGUAACAGAGCCUGAUCUUAAUAUAUUUCUAGUAGAUAAAAUCCCCUUUCACAAAGCUGAAUCAUUACUUCGACUCUCUACUCCCCAAAAUGAGCUUCUAUUACAGUAUUUUGCUUCCAAGCUCUUCACCCACAGCUUAUCGCAUUUGGUCUCCAUCUGCCACGCCAGUUUAGAAAGCAUAACCUUAUUGGCAUUUGUAUCAAUUAGAGAAAUACUAAAGUGCACCAUUUGUAUCUAACACUACUACUAUAAAAGCAAUUUUUUGCAUUGGUCAACACAGCUAUAGACAAAGUCUAAAAUUAACCGAAUAUAUUAGUGGGUAAAUAUAUCGUUGAUUUUGAAUUCACGCAACCUAGCGUUAGUUUUUAAAUGACGCAAAAGUAUUUUGCGUCCUUUGCGUCGGUUAUAAAUUGACGGAAUAUAUGAUUGAAAAAUUAUAUCAUAACCCUGAACUAUCCCAGCUGUCCCUUUCUUUGAAAUCUCUCUUUCUCUCUUGUUGUCGGCUUUACUUCACCCUAUGCUGCCUAAUAAGUGCUAUCUCUCUAAUUCUUUCUCAAUCUCACUUUAUCUCUCGAUCUCAUCUAUCUCUAUUUUGGUUGUUGUUUUAUUAGUCCCUCAAUCCAGUGAACCGCAAUCAUCAUCCCUCAAACUUAAAAAUGUCUAGUUUGGUGUUUAAACAAAUUUUCAUAUAUUGUAGAUCUGAUAUUGUGUUUGUUUUUUUUUUUUUAUAGGAUGGAUCUGAUAUUGAAUUUGAGUUUUAUUUUAGAUCUUGCUCAAGGUUGUUCAAUCUUUUUUUUUUGGGUUGCAACAUUACAUAACAGAUACGAAUAAGUAAAUAUCAAAUUUUACACUAUCAAUGUCAAUUAAGUACAUCUAUAAGUAUAUAUAGCUUAAUUAAGGAGGUAAAAGGUAAUUUUAAGUAUUUUGUUUUAUUUAAUUUUUAUAAAUAUAUAUUUUUUUAGAAGAUAUUUAAUUUUAUUUUAAAAGCCUAAUUGUAAUAUUCCAAGCCUAAUAACCCAAAUGACCUACUUAUAGUAUUAUUAUUUUGUAAGGUAACGUUAUCUUAUUUUUCUCUCAACUAUUACACAUUUAAAUUUAAAUUUUUUUGACGUAAUUUAAAUAUAGAUUCAUCAAAGAUGAUUCUAAAUCCCAAAAUAUUUUAAAUUUACACCAGGCGACUAAAAAUUUAGAUUAUUUUUUUUAAUAUAAUAACCAAUUUUAUUGUUGAGAAACAAAUAAUAUAUUGGUUAUUAAAUAAAGAGGAAAACUUUUCCAACCAAUUAAGAAACCUCUCGUUUUCCAUCUGUAGUGCAUAAUCUCACCAUGUUCUGCAGUAUUACCAUUUUGCAUUACAUAUUGAAGACAUACAAUCAGAAAUCAGAUAACAAAGAUCUAGCUAAUAGAACUAAAAAACAACUUCACCCAAACACAACCUCAGAAAAAAAAAAGACUAAAUUGAUGAUAACUUCAGAAUCACUCUCUAUAAAAGAAAUAGAAAGACCCAGCAAUGAACAAACAACUUUGGGCGGGAGGAGAACGUUUUAGUUGCAUGAGAGAGAGAAUCUUGUGCUUGUGAAGAAGACUCCCACAAAAAAGAGAAAAUGUUUUAACUGCAAAAUAAAAAAUAUACAUUAAUAAGAAAAAUAUAGAAAUAAAAAAUGAAAAAUAAUAAUCAUAAUAAAUAAUUAUAUAAAAAAUUUACAAUUAAUUAAAUGUCGAUCCUUUGAAAUUUCAAAGUUUUGUAGAGGAUGCCGAGAAGCCUAUUUACCCUAAUUGUAAUAGGUUUACUAAGUUGUCGACACUUAUUAGAUUAUACAACAUAAAAGCCAAACACGGGUGGAGUGAUAAGAGCUUUUCGGAUUUACUAGCUUUCCUAGUAGAGUUAUUACCGGAAGGUAAUGUGGUGCCUUCAUCUUUUUAUGAGGCGAAGAAGACACUUUCUUCGUUAGGCAUGCAAUAUGAAAAAAUACAUGCAUGUCCUAACGAUUGCAUCCUAGACCGCAAGAUGUUUGUGGAUGCAAUAUGGUGUCCCACUUGUGGUGAGUCUAGGUGGCAAAAAAAAAAGAAUUCUGACGAGGUAAAGGUUGGUGUCCCUGCAAAAGUAUUAUGGUACUUACCCCCAAUACCUCGUUUGGUUCGGUUUUUUCAAAAUGCCAAUCAUGCAAAAAAUUUAAUUUGGCAUGCCAGCGAUAGAAAGGUAGAUGGUAAGAUGAGACAUCCAGCUGACUCACCCGCUUGGAAAUCAAUCGAUGCUAGGUGGCCUGAAUUUGGCAAUGAACCUAGGAAUAUCCGUCUUGGUCUUUCUGCCGACGGAAUCAAUCCACAUACCAGCCUUAGCAGUAAGUAUAGUUGCUGGCCAGUUUUUCUUGUGAUGUAUAACUUGCCGCCUUGGUUGGUAAUGAAGAGGAAGUUCACUAUGCUUACACUGUUGAUAUCAGGCCCUUCACAGCCUGGUAAUGACAUUGAUGUGUACUUAGCCCCUCUAGUUGAUGACUUGAGUCGAUUGUGGCAUGAGGGUGUUUCUGCUUACGAUGCCUUUAGGAAAGAAGAUUUCAAUCUUAAAGCCAUAUUACUGUGGACCAUUAAUGAUUUUCCAGCUUUCGGAAAUCUUUCUGGAUACAGUGUGAAAGGGUACAAAGCAUGUCCUAUUUGUGAGGAGAGAACAUGUUCUAUGUAUUUAAAACACUCGAAGAAGAUGUGUUACAUGGGACACCGAAGGUUUUUGCCAAAAGAACAUGUGUUUCGCACUUGGAAGAAAGCAUUUGACGGUAAGCAAGAAUUUGGAUUGCCACCGCCACCUUUGCUAGGGGAACAAGUGUUAGAAAAGUUGAAUAAAGUUCAAUUCCACCUUGGAAAGCGAAAAGCAAAUCCAAAGAAAAGAAAAGGUCGUCGUGAGAAAAGUGACGUUGUUGCAAAUGAACCUCAAGGGCCAUGGAAGAAGAAGUCAAUAUUUUUUGAGCUCGAGUAUUGGAAGCAUUUGUUGAUACGUCAUAAUCUAGAUGUGAUGCACAUCGAGAAAAAUGUGUCGAACUGA